AUGGCACUGCCGCUCGCGGGGAAGUUGGCGAUUGUCACUGGUGCAUCGCGAGGCAUUGGAAAGGCGAUAGCAACAAAACUGGGCUCGAAUGGCGCAAACUUGGCUCUGGCUUAUACUUCACCGUCCUCAAAGUCAUUAGCAGAGAGUCUAUCACAUGAUUUGCAAUCCAAACACAACAUCAAGGCCUUCACCGUUGCCGCCGAUCUUGGCACACCCGAGGGGCCAAAGCAACUGAUUGAAGCGGCCAGGGAGCACUUUUCCAAGGACGGUGCCAAGUUCCAAAUCGACAUUCUUGUAAACAAUGCCGGAAUUGCCGCCAACAACCCGCUACCCAAGAUCACGCUCAACGACUUUGAUUCUUCCUACAAGGUCAACGUUCUUGGCCCUCUGCUCCUGACCCAGGCAGCAGAGCCCUUUCUCCCGCGUGACCGAUCCGGGCGGAUCGUUAACCUGUCGUCUGUCUCGUCAUCCACGGGCUUCAUUGAGCAGUCCGUCUACGGAGGCACCAAGGCCGCGCUCGAGGCCAUGACCCGGACGUGGGCGCGCGAGCUCUCGGAGCGGGCCACGGUCAAUGCCGUCAACCCGGGCCCCGUGCUGGGCGAGAUGUACUACAAGAACAGCGACGAGUUCAAGCGCGAGAUCAAGGGCUGGAUCGAGCACUCGCCCCUGAUGAAGGUGCGCAAGGGCGUCGACAGCGACGAGCUCGUCGAAGAUGCCAAGACUAGCGGUGGUCGCCCGGCCUAUGUCGAGGAAGUUGCUGGCGUCGUGGCCAUGUUGUGCGGACAGGAUGCCGCUUGGGUUACGGGUCAAGUGGUUUGUGCCAAUGGUGGCAUGCUCAUGUUGCACUAG